AUGUUUGCGAGGCUGCAGUUUGUUUACUUUCUUUCUUUCUUCUCUUCUUUGAAUGUUAUUUCCACGCUUUCGAUGGACCUCUGCAUUACUCCUUUGUCAUUUUUUUCUUCUCUUGGACAUUUAACCGCGGCCCUGGAGCCAGAUUAG